CGAGAUUUGCUUAGUCUGUGACCGUGGUCCCGUGCAGUCGGUUGCCAUUUAACCUCGUCUCGACUACACAUACCACGAUGCGGGCAAUAUCUAUUGCCUUGGUAUUUGCUGCGUUGUCCGCUUGCCAAGCGGCGACGCCAGAGCUGCGUUUUGAAUGGAAAGUAGUUGACUACAUUUGGGAAUCACCGGCUCAAAGAGAAAAGGCUAUAACUGAGAAACAAUUCUUACCCGCAAACAACCUACCAUUAGGAUUAGGUCGCUGGAAAAAUAAAUUAUUCGUCACAGUUCCCAGAUGGAAAAGCGGUGUGGCUUCAUCCUUGAAUUAUGUCGAUUUGGACGGACCGUCAGACCAACCAUUGAAGGCAUAUCCGUCAUUGAAAGAUAACCUGGUACCGGAUACAGCAACAGAAUUGCCAUCGAAUAGUUCCAUUAUUUCCGUCUUCAGAGUAUACAUUGAUCCCUGUGACAGACUCUGGGUUAUGGACUCUGGUUUGGCGGAUAUUUAUGGAAUAGGAAACCAGGUAGCAGGUCCUUCGUUGGUUAUUUUCGACUUGAAAACUGACCAACUUCUUCAUAGAUAUUUUUUCAAAGUUAAAGACAUGAAGGAAGACUCAUUCUUUGCUAAUGUCGUGGUGGAUGUGGACAAAGACAGCUGUGACAACGCGUUCGCGUACGUGCCUGAUUUGGGAGGCUACGGUGUUGUUGUGUACAGCUUGAAGCAAAACAACUCGUGGCGCGUCGCCCAUCACUACUUCCACUUUGAGCCGUUAGCGGGCUCUUACAGAGUUGGAGGCAUCGAGUUCCACUGGACAGAUGGCGUGUUCGGCUUAGCACUGUCCGAACCUAGAGAGAACGGAUAUCGCACCAUGUUCUUCCAUGCCUUCUCCAGUACCAAAGAGUUCUGCGUAUCAACUGAGCUCCUGCGCAACUACACACACAUUGACAAGUCAGAAGCGUUCAAUGACUUUAAGUUAUUAGGUGACAGAGGAGAAAGGACUCAAGCGUCCGCCAGUUUCUACGAUGAGAAGAAUCACGUCCUUUUCUAUACUCAGGUUAAUCGCGAUGGCGUUGGUUGUUGGAACUCAAACAAACCAUACACACCAGAGAACAACCCAUUACUAUUUAGUGAUCCUGAACUCUUCGAAUUCCCUAACGACCUGAAGGUCGACGAUGAAGGCACUUUGUGGGUUCUGAGUGACAAAUUGCCUCGUUUCCUUUACAAAACACUUGAUCCAAAUCAAGGAAACUACAGAAUAUUUAGCAUAAGCACAUCUGAAGUUAUUAAAGGCACUGCUUGCGAAGCAUAAUAUUUUUACAAUAAAUUUUCAAGGUAUUUUUUAUAUUC